CGUAAUCAAUGACUAUUGAAAUCAUGGAAGGCCGAGGCGUGGGACCAGAUAAAGAUCACAUAUACUUACAGCUCCAUCAUCUACCGGCUGAGCAGUUGAAUAAACGUCUUCCAGGAAUUUCUGAAACAGCAAAAAUAUUUGCUGGUGUAGAUGUCACUAAAGAACCAAUUCCUGUACUUCCGACUGUUCAUUAUAAUAUGGGUGGUACUCCAACAAAUUACAAAGGCCAGGUUGUCAAAUAUACAAAGGAUAAAGGCGAUCAGAUUGUUUCGGGAUUAUGGGCUGCUGGAGAAUGUGCUGCCCAUUCUGUCCAUGGAGCAAAUCGUCUGGGUGCAAACUCAUUGCUUGAUUUGGUUAUAUUUGGUCGAGCAUGUGCAUUGAACAUUUUGUCACAAAAUAAAUCUGGCGAUCCUGUUCCCGAUCUCCCGUCAAAUGCUGGCGAAGUAUCAAUUGCGAAUUUAGACAAGUUACGAAGUGAACGUAAUGGUGCUGACAUCCCUACAGCUCAGUUGAGACUUGAGAUGCAAAGGACAAUGCAAAAGCACGCAGCGGUUUUCCGUACUGGUACAAUUCUUCAGCAAGGAAUUGAAAAGAUUAAAAAUCUUUAUUCUCAAUUAAAACAUGUGCAUAUUUCUGAUCGCACUCUGAUUUGGAAUUCUGAUCUAAUAGAAACACUCGAAUUACAAAAUCUUCUUGCUAAUGCAAUGCAAACUAUUGUGGCAGCUGAGAAUCGCAAGGAAUCUCGUGGAGCACACGCUCGGGAUGAUUAUCCAAAUCGAAGUGAUGAAUUUGACUAUUCCAAAGCGUUAGAAGGUCAAAAGAAGAAAACCCAUGAAGAACACUGGCGAAAACAUAGCAUAAUAUAUCAAGACAAUGAAAGUGGAAAGGUAACACUCGAGUAUAGGCCAGUGAUUGACAACACAUUAGACAAAACUGAAUGUGAAUGGAUCCCUCCGAAGUUGCGAAGCUAUUGA